AUGAUCCACACAACUGAGAACAGCACUGCCAACCAGCCUGGCGCCCCUGACUACAAAGCUAAGCUUGAUGAGGCUGCAUCAGGUGCAAAGAACCCGGCGAACGAGGGCGAGGGCAGUGGAAUCAUAGACAAGGUGUCUCAGUAUGUUUCGGUCGUUGGGAAGAUGCUAGGGAAGGAGCCGGAGCAGGAGCAAACGCCUACUGAGAGCACGCCUUCAGCGCCUCCAGAACGGACCAAGCACGAUACCCAGAUUGAAGAGUUUAUCAGAGACCAGCAUCUUAGCAGGAAGGUCGCUGAGCCGGAGGAGCCUCAGGAUAUGUAA